AUGGCUGCUCCGUUGCAGCAGGGCAUCAACAGACAUUGUCCCUGCAGUCCACAAACAGAGAUUCACACAGGUCAGCUGGGUUACAGGAUACACCUCAUUAAGAAAGAAGAAGGGAGAAACCACACAUUCAUCACAGAAUUCAUUCUUUUAGGAUUUGGGAAUGUCCCACAACUGCAUGUUCUCCUCUUCCUACUGUUUCUAGUGAUCUAUGUUAUGACCAUGGCUCGCAACACCCUCAUCAUUGUGCUAGUUGUGGUGGAUCAGCACCUUCACACCCCCAUGUACUUCUUCCUCAGGAACUUGUCCUGCUUAGAGACCUGCUACACCUCAGCCAUCCUGCUCAGGAUACUGGCAAAUCUCCUGACUGCGGACAGAACCAUUUCUAUUUUAUUCUUUCUAAUGAUCUCUGUCAUGACCAUGGCUGGGAACAUCCUCAUCGUUGUGCUAGUUGUGGCUGAUCGACACCUUCACAACCCAUUUUAUAUCAUCUCCACCAUCCUGAGAAUCCCUUCUAUCCCUGGGAGGCAAAAGACCUUUUCCACCGGCUCCUCCCACCUUACUGUGGUUACAAUUUUCUAUGUGACCCUAAUGACUAUCUACAUAUUACCAAACACUGGUGCACUCAGAGCCCCAAACAAAGUGUUUUCUGUCCUUUACACUAUCUUGACACCCCUGCUCAAUCCCCUCAUCUAUAGCCUGAGAAACAAAGAGGUCAAGGAGGCCUUGAGGAGAGCUCUACAGAAAGGUAGGAUUUAG